UUCACGCGGGUGCUGGGUAUUGCGGACAUCGGUGAGUUUGCAGAGUCCAGCCCUGAUACAGAUAGUAUACGCGAUAAAACAGAUUGCAUAAAGUACGGUCAAAUGAUGCCAUGGCUUGUCUUUUCCGAAGGUCCAUAGCAGUACAGCUUUCCAGGAUUCUGGGGGUAACAACAGAGAAGCUUAUUCCAGUGGUGUCAGCAGUUCCAGUCUCCAAAAAACAACAGACUCUAGAUUUCCGAGUGUCAGUGAACUCUCUGCUGGCAAAUGGCUAUUUAAAAUUGGGAUCAACUACUCCGAAUCAAGCAAAAGAACUGUCUGAGAAGUUAACUUGUGAUGAUGUGAUUACUGAGAUCGCAGUUGGGCAAGGAAGCAUUAAUUUCAAAGUGAACCGAACCCUACUUGCUGAGAUUGUUCUGCAAGAAGUCUUUAAGAAGGGUUCAAAAUAUGGAAUAGUGAGUGAACUCUUUCGUGAUUAUCCCUGUGGCCGAGUUAUAGUGGAGUUUAGUUCACCAAAUAUUGCGAAAAAAUUUCAUGUAGGGCAUUUGCGUUCCACAAUUAUAGGUAACUUCAUAGCCAACCUAAAGCAGGCUUUAGGCAAUGAUGUGAUCAGGAUCAACUACCUUGGUGACUGGGGCUUGCAGUUUGGAUUACUUGGAGCAGGAUUUCAGUUGUUUGGUUCAGAAGAAAAGCUUAAAGCAAAUCCUUUGCAGCACCUUUUUGAGGUGUAUGUUGAAGUGAACAGAUUAGUAGAAGACCGUGAUGACAUUCAGAAGGCAGCACAAGAAUUUUUCAGAAAGCUGGAACAUGGGGAUAAACAGACCUUGGCAUUAUGGGAGCACUUCAGGACUAUAAGCAUUGAAGAAUAUGAGAAAACUUACCAGCGGCUUGGUGUGCACUUUGAUGAGUACUCUGGAGAAUCCUUGUACCAUGUUAAAUCACAAGAACUCCUGCAGCUGAUUGAUCAGAGAGGACUGCUCAAGAAAACAAAGCAUGGAGUUGGAGUGGUUGAUCUUUCACCAAAAGGUGAUCUCUCCAGUUAUGCCAAAAUGGUUCGAAAUGAUGGGACGUCCCUCUACUUGACCAGGGAUAUUGCAGCUGCUGCAGAUCGAAUGGAGAAAUACAACUUUGACAAAAUGAUAUAUGUGACAGAUAAAGAGCAGCGCACUCAUUUUCAGCAAAUGUUUGAAACACUGAAGAUCCUGGGCUUUAACUGGACAGAACGGUGUCAGCAUGUACCCUUUGGGUUAGUGAAAGGAAUGAAGACUCGGAAAGGAGAUGUUGUUUUUCUAGAAGAUGUUCUGAAUGAAGCACGCACCAGAAUGCUGCAAAACAUGGCUGCCUCAAAGACAACAAAAGAACUAGAGGAUCCUGAGACUACAGCAGAUAAAGUGGGUGUUGCUGCACUUAUUGUUCAGGAUUUCAAAGGUCCCCUUAUAUCUGAUUAUGAAUUCGACUGGGAUCGUGUACUCCAAAGCCAGGGAGAUACUGGCGUGUACCUGCAAUACACUCAUGCCAGGCUGUGUAGUUUACAGAGACAGUGUGAAAAUGGAGAAAUUAUGCAAUUCAACCCAACUUAUUUACAAGAUCCUCAGGCAAUUGCUUUACUACAGCAUCUCCUCAGGUACGAUGAAGUUCUUUAUCAAGUUUCUGAAGAUCUCCAACCCAAAUAUCUUGUUAACUACCUGAUAAUGCUGAGCCGGCUUGCUUCUAUAGCUCACAGGACUCUGCAUAUUAAGGGCAGCAUGCCAGAAGUAGCAACGGCAAGACUUCUACUCUUCAAGGGAAUCUCUUCUGUACUCGCCAAUGGAAUGAAACUCCUUGGUAUAACUCCAGUGGAGAAGAUGUGAUUAAACUUGUGUUUGAGCAAUCAAUAAAUGGCUUGGCAAAACUUAGGUAAAGAUGUGUUUACAAUAGCUGAUUAAGCCAAAUAUGCAACUGCUUUUGAGUACUCAGAGGGAGUCAUGUAACCCCUGGGGAAGGGUCACUCUGUUGCUGCCCUUGGGUGGCAUCAAUUCAGAGCAAGUGUCCCUCUAAUUCAGUGGCAGAUACCACAAAUUCACGGUUCACAGAAGGGAAAAUAAAGCUGGGAGAAAACAUAGCAACCUCUUUUUUUUUAUAGUCAUCCAUGAUUUGUUCGAUAUUUCAAAUUAUACGAGGUAGGGUGAGUCAGCCAGCCUGAAGAUGCAGUAAGUACAGCUUGAAGAUUAUUAGAUCAUGCAAUAUGCUUGAAUGUUCAUUCAGCAAUGAUUUGAAAGGACAACUUGCUUAAAGACUAAAAUUCCUCUCCAUAGGUACUGCAUGUACUGCUGCGUUCCUCCAGUAUUUUAUGUGUUUCUCUGGAUUCCCAGCAACUGCAGAGUCUCGUUUUUUUUUAAAAGUUAUUUUUUCACUCUUUAACUACCAUGCUGCACCCCCUACCUUUGAUUUCUAGUGGCCAAAGCUCCACCCAUAUCUUUGGUAUUAUUGGAGCUUGUAAAGUUAGUUGUGGAAGGACAGGAAUAGCAGUAAUACAAAUUUUUGAAAUGAAGACUCACCUUGGCUUUUCUCAUUUAGGUUCUCAUAAAGAUGACAGUUGACUUGCUGUUGGUUAGAAUUACAUUCUGUGGUUGAUGCCGAAGAGUGAUUAAAAUCCAGCCAAUAUGGGUCUCGCAGAAACCAGUUUUAUGCCAUGUGUAACUAUUAAUAAUUUUAGCUUGUGCUUAAAAUAUUAGUCAAAGUAGCUCACCUAACAUUAAAAAUCAGCUAGCACAGAGUACCUUUGUUGACCUUUCUGCAAACCAGUCUGCAGUAUGUCGCGAGCAAUAUGGCAAAUAGCAGAAACAGUAGCUGAAGAAUGCUUUAUUUUGUUAUGCUUGUGAGCCUGAGGGGCUUAAAAUGGGAUGUCACUUGAGUUUAACUAUUGAAAUAUUUGAUUAUUAAGAGUUAGUAGUGCUUGUUUGCUCUCUUUAGUUUGUUACUAUUUGUCUUUAUUGGAACCAGUGACUAAUAUGAUUUCCAGUUUCCUGUUCUGCUUUCCAUAAACAAUGCAGAGCAGACUCGAUGGGACGAAUGGCCUGCUUCUGCUUUUAUGCAUUAUGGUUUCAUAGGAGUGUAAUGCUCUGGUUAAGAACAUGUUUUAUUGUAUUACUACUGUUAAGUUGUUAGAUAUUUUAUUUUCUACAGCUUUUCUGUAAAAUGCAGGUGUGUUCUGUUCAGCUUCACAGUCCAGUAUUUUGGUUUCUGCUAAGAUAAGGAGUCAUUUGCUCAGCUUAGGAAUGUUACGUCAGCCUCUUGAGUUUGUCAUGAUAACAUUCUGUCCUGUGGGUUGGGAAGGGGAGGUAUGGAGAAAAGCACAAAGGAAGACAUUCUCAGAACCCCUGCCUGGAGGAGAGACCCUAUUGUAAGAAGAGCUUUAUGCAGGCGAAUGGUUCCAAGGAGGAAGUGCCAAUACCUCCUGAAUCAGCCAGUUUGUUCGUAGCGGUCUUCAAAUGAAGUUUGAACUGGGGUUGGUGUCUUUCAAGCAGAAUACGGGUUCAGCGGCGUGAGUAAUUAAGUACCCAACUAUACAGUCUUUAUGUACAUAUUUAGACUGCUUUAACUGUAAUGGACCCUUUUGCUAUUAUCUGAUGGUUGAGUUGAAAUAUCUGUAAACAUACUUCCACUGUAAUUUUACGCCAGUGUAAGAUCCGUAAUUUCCUGGUGAACAGUAACUUUGCAUGGGGCAGUAUUUAUACAGCAUUCACCAUAAUUUCCAUCCCUUAUCAGAACAUUACAACUUUGUUUGCUUGAGCCUGGAUCAUGCCAGCCCUAGAUGUGUUGCUGAUGGAAGGUGGCCUUCUCAGUUACCAUGCAAUGCUGAGUCAUGUGGCUGCCAGGCAGAGUUAGCUAAUGAGCCUAGUUUUAUCACGAGCCACAGUGAGGGGGUUACAGGAAGAUGAUGCAAGAAUUGAAAGCCACCUCCAGACUUCUGAACAAAUUGAGGCUUCCCUCACUGGAGAGUUGUACGUCAACUGUUAACGUUUUCUUUGGACAUUGCUAGUUAUCUGGACCUUAGUUCAUUCAGAGAAAUUUAAACCAUCUGACUCCCAGUUUUAAUCCCAUUACUGGGAAGAGUGAGAUGGAAUUGAUAUUGAGUAUGGUUACUGGUCUGCUGCAAUCUUGUCCUCGAUUGUUCCUAAACCUCAAUUUAAAAAGGUUGAAUUACAGAUGGAUGGAGCAAAGUAGUAGAAUCUGGAAAAUGUCUUCAAGUCUGUAACUAGCUUUCUCCCCACCCUGUUUCCUAAAUGCCCCACUGACUGUACUCAGUUCAACUAUCUCAUGCUGAAUUGUGGAAAGGCCAAUGUAAUCAUCAACUCUACCACAAAUUCAAAUCCUUGCCUCCCACUACACCCAUGGGUCUGUACAACACACUCAUUCACAAAAGAGAUUCUUUCCAAUUCUGAUAAAUAGACUUCCAAUGGUAGAGGAAUACAGCUCCUAACUUUUAAAAUACUUGACUGUUGCUUAAGUUAUUUAUUGUGUAUCUGACCAUUUGGUUCUUAGUCAAUUGCUUGGAUGUAUGUUACCUAGUUUUUUUAUGAAAAUUAAAAGAAUCCAAGUGAU